AUGGCCUCUCUCAACCCCUAUGGCAAAGUCAAUGAAGCUGAUCAAGAGAGGCUCCUGGCUCGCCGGAAAACACGGAAGAGAAUCACCAUCAUUGCCUUGUCUUCCGUUGUUCUCGUUGCUGUUGUCGUUGCUGCUGUUUUUGGAGGCGUAUCUCACAAUAACAAGGGCACCAGCAGUACUGAUGAUCAGUCGUCUAUUUCCACCUCCAUCAAGGCUGCCUGCAGUGUAACUUUGUAUCCUGAUUCCUGCUACAACAGCCUCUCUCCCCUGAUUAAGUCCGGCAACAUUAAGCCUCAAGAUAUCUUCAAAUUGUCCGUUGAGGUCGCCUUAAAUGAGCUCUCCAGAGCAUCUCAGGGUGCGGUUGAUAAGCUCAAUGUCACUGACAAAAUGGCCCUUGCGGCACUCGAAAGUUGCCAAGAGCUACUUUCUCUUGCAUUGGAUCAUCUCAACAGCUCGUUAACGGUUCAGGACACUACGUUGCUUGAGGCUUUCGAUGGUUUCAGAACCUGGCUAAGUUCUGCAGGUACUUACCAGCAGACUUGCAUCGACGAUUUACGUGCUGCAGCACCCGGAUUGAACUUGAGCGAUCUUGUCUCUGAGAAACUUAGAAACUCCACCGAGUACACGAGCAACAGUCUUGCUAUAGUUAGCUCGCUGGAGUCUUCGGUAGCAUCAAUCGGGAAUCUGGGCUCCAUUGGACGACGUCUGCUGAGUUCUUUCAAUCAUGAACAAGAACCGAUCUGGUUGUCGUCCGUGGACAGAAAACUUCUCCAGGCUAAAGCUUCACAAAUAAAGGCUGAUGCUGUGGUGGCUAAAGAUGGUUCGGGAAAGUACAAAACAAUCGGUGCAGCCCUUAAAGUCGUGCCUGAAAAGAGUAAGAAGAGGUUUGUGAUCUAUGUGAAGAAAGGGAUUUACGUGGAAAAUGUAAGGGUUGAGAAAAACAUGUGGAACGUUGUCAUGAUUGGCGAUGGAAAGAAUGCUACUAUCGUAUCUGGCAGACUCAAUUUUGUGGAUGGAACUCCUACCUUUCAAUCCGCAACAUUUGCCGUAUUUGGUAAGGGUUUCAUCGCUCGUGAUAUGGGAUUCCAGAAUACUGCAGGUGCAGCCAAGCAUCAAGCUGUGGCACUGAUGUCAACUGCGGACGAGUCAGUUUUCUACCGCUGUGCCAUGGAUGCAUUCCAAGACACCCUCUACGCUAAUUCCAAUCGUCAAUUCUACCGCGAAUGCAGCAUCUACGGAACAGUUGAUUUCAUCUUCGGAAACGCAGCCGUGGUCCUCCAGAACUGCAACAUUCUUCCCAGGACACCAAUGCUUGGCCAGCAGAACACCAUCACAGCUCAAGGGAAGAUCGACCCUAAUCAGAACACCGGCAUUUCGAUACACAACUGCACCAUCUGGCCAUCAGGGAACCUCACCGGGGUGAACACAUUCUUGGGUCGACCUUGGAAAAACUAUUCCACAACUGUUUAUAUGCAAACCACGAUGGGCAAUCUGAUCCACCCGACAGGAUGGUUACCGUGGGUGGGAACUUCUGCACCGGACACCAUAUUCUAUGUUGAGUAUCAGAACAAUGGCCCCGGGGCUGUCAUCAAGAAUAGGGUAAAGUGGAAGGGAUUGAAGCUGAAUCUGAAUGCUAAACAAGUUGGCAAGUUCGCAGUGAAGUCGUUCAUCAGUGGAGACAAGUGGCUUCCUGCAGCAGGUGUUACUUACAAAUCAAGUCUUUAA